AUGGCAAUGGUUAAGCCAAAGACAAUAGCUCAGCUUAGAGAGGAAGCGAAAGCAGAAGCAGCAAAUUACCAUCAAGACUACGAUACUAUGUACAUCAAUUAUUUGAAAAUUUCUAGCAUUAUACUAGAAAUUAUCCCUGUGCAUAAAGAUUACCAAACUUUCUUGAAAGAUCCGAUGUAUUCCACUUAUGAUGAGUUUAAAAAGAGUAAAGUGCCAGCUGUUUUAGACGAAGCCGAUCAAUUAACCUCUUUGAUCACGCAACGAGAUUCUAAGAAUAGUAAUAACUACUCUCCUCCCGGAUCAUCAUCGACCGAAAAUAACAAUGACAGUGUUUCCACUACACCAUCGUCACCGAAUAAUAAUAGUACAGAAUUAGGUAUAUCAAAAUCUCCAGUGUACAUUAUUGGGGAUCAAAUGAUUGGCAGAUAG